AUGAAUUAUCACAAAUUCUAUUAUGUAACCUACAAAAAAGGUAACUCUAGAGGCAGUUCUCCACGGAGCCUGGUGGCCUCCCCAACGACGACUUCGGAUUCGUCUCUACCUCCAUCAUAUUUAGGUCGCUAUCCGAUACGUGUAACUCCAUCGGCGCUUCCAUCGCUUCUAUACACCUUUUUAUACGUCAUUGAAUUUCACGCACCAGUAGCUCCGCACCCGGCCCCUCUUCAGCGCUCGCUGCGCAUCAGACAGAAUCCCUCCAGUGCUCCGAAUUCUAGUCUUGCCGCUGCCUUGCCAGCAGCCACCGCAGUUUUCUCUGCCGUCUUGAGUUUCUUUGGCAAAACCACUAGCGCAGGGAACACCAUGAAUAAUAUAAAUAUGGACAACACCAGAGAAACUUGUGGGUUUCCCGAUAUUCCACAUACCCUUAACGCGUCCCAAGAAGAGGAACUGGCAGCCCUGCGGCGGGUUCACGAGCAGCCCUUCGUGGUGCCUGUGACUCAGCUGAUUCACAAACUUGGGGAUACCCAAAUAGUCGUAUGCGAAACUCACAACCCCACAAUCGCCCCCGCGUAUGAGCGAGCUUUGAAGGAGAUCAAUGCUAUUGUCGAACAAUCACGCCGUGAGCAGUCGGAGAGGCGCAUGCGGAUUCAAAGUCAACGAAACAGCGUCUUUUCUUCCCCCAACAGUUCUAGUAGCAAACGAAUCAGCUUUGGGACUAGUUUUACCACAAUGCCCGCGGCAACUACGACAAAGGAUCUUAACAGUAGACCAACAGCUUGUGAACCUGUCUUUCCAGGAGCCGCUGAGGUCCACGAGCGAAAUCACUCCAUCCCUUUUCCCCCACGAGGAAGCCCAGAGUGUAAUCAAUCCGGCUCCGAUGUGUUUGGUUCCCUCGCUACCGCGCCGCAGCGGGUGUUAUCCUCAUUGCACUGCACUCGCUCCGGUGGGGGGGAAAAGGCCAUACCGGCUAUCCCCCAGGCCUUUUGGCUCCAACCAGGUGAGGUCGGGCUGGAGAUCUCCAUCCGCCUCUCGGUCAACGAGGUCCGCUGGCACGUCCCACAGACACGACCACUGGCAGAGUGGACCUUUCUGGUGAUCCAAACCAGCGACGAGAAUACCGUCCUUCAGAUGGCAAAAGGUACCACAUUAGAGGACAACGAUGGAAUGGACGAGGCAGGGGGACAACGGGUCGUGUCGAGCGGCGGAAAUCUCAUGUUUAUUAAUGAUCCUUCACAAGUCGAGGAUGUUAUUCAUUUUAUAUCCAAAACGUUCUAUGAGACGAUUAGUAUGGAAACAUUCUCUGACUUCACUUCGGGUGAAUUAGUAUUUGAUGUUCAAACACAGAAAUGUCAUUCUUUUAUUUGA